AGCCCUCUACAGGGAUGUCAUGCAGGAGAACUAUGAGACUGUGACCUCGCUGGGAUUUUCCAUUCCCAAACCUGAGCUGAUCACCCGGCUGGAACGAGGAGAAGAGCCAUGGGUGCCCGAUCUCCAGGCCUGCGAGGAAAGAAGGCUUCCGAGAUGCCCCCAUACAGGUGCUGAGCGAGGGAGUGAGAAUGAGGAUGGGAAUCAUCAUGAGGAAGUUCCUGGGGAAGUGGAACCACAGGACACCUUUGUGGGAGGAGCUGAAGGGAAUUUUCCCUGGUGCUUGGAGCAGGCAGAAGCCUGGGGAAGUUGGCACAGAUCAGAGAGGCUUCUGGGAAACUAUCCAGGGAAGAAAGUGGAUGAAUCUAGUCAUGAUGGGGGAGGAGACAAGGAUUCCAGAGCGCAGCAGACCACUCUCAAAGAAGAGACACCCUGGCACUACAUUCAGUUUGGGAAAGAAUUCAUUGUGAGAUCACAGCUUGUGACACAUCAGACAGUCCAUACUGGUGAGAAUCCCCUUCUAUGCUUGGACCGCGGGGAAAGCCACAGUGGAGAGAAACCGUCUCAAUCCCUCGAGUGCAGGAAAUGUUUCAUUUCGAAGACGCAAAUAAUUAGACAUCAGUUAAGCCACACACGUGAGAGACCCCAUAAGUGCUUGGACUGUGGGAAAAGUUUCAUAAGAAGGUUACACCUUGUUGAACAUCAGGCAAUCCACACAGGAGAAAGACCCCACAAGUGCUUGGACUGUGGGAAAAGUUUCAGAAGAAGGUCACACCUUGUUUAUCAUGAGACAACCCACACAGGAGAGAGACCCCACAAGUGCUUGGACUGUGAGAAAAGUUUCAUGAAAAGUGCAGACCUUGUAAAACAUCAGGCCUUACACACAAGAGAAAGACCCCAAAAAUGCUUGGACUGUGGGAAAAUUUUCUUACUGAGGUCACACCUUGUUCAACAUCAGGCAAUCCACACAGGAGCAAAACCUCACAAGUGCUUCGACUGUGAGAGAAGUUUCAUACAGAUGUCACACCUUGUUGAACAUCAGGCAAUCCACACAGGAGAGAGACCCCACAAGUGCUUGGACUGUGGGAAAAGUUUCAUGGAGAGGUCAAAUCUUGUUAAACAUCAAGCAAUCCACACAAAAGAGAGACCCCACAAGUGCUUUGAGUGUGGGAAAAGUUUCAUAAGAAAGUCAAACCUUGUUGAACAUCAGGCCAUCCAUACAGGAGAGAGACCCCACAAGUGCUUGGACUGUGGGAAAAGUUUCAUAAGAAAGUCACACCUUGUUUAUCAUCAGACAAUCCACACAGGAGAGAGACCCCACAAGUGCUUGGACUGUGGGAAAAGUUUCAUGAAAAUGUCACAGCUUGUUAAACAUCAAGCAUUACACACAGGAAAAAGACCCCACAAGUGCUUGGACUGUGGGAAAAGUUUUAUAGAGAGGUCAAACCUUGUUCAACAUCAAGCAAUCCACACAGGAAAGAGACCGCACAAGUGUUUGGAGUGUGGGAAAAGUUUCAGAAGAAAGUCAAACCUUGUUGAACAUCAGGCAAUCCAUACAGGAGAGAGACCCCACAAGUGCUUGCACUGUGGGAAAAGUUUCAUGAGAAGGUCAUACCUUGUUCAACAUCAGGCAAUCCACACAGGAGAGAGACCCCACAAGUGCAUGGACUGUGGGAAAAGUUUCCUGAAAAGCUCAGACCUUGUUAAACAUCAGGCAAUCCACACAGGAGAGAGACCCCACAAGUGCUUGGACUGUGGGAAAAGUUUCAUGAAAAGCUCAGACCUUGUUAAACAUCAGGCAUUACACACAGGAGAGAGACCCCAAAAGUGCUUGGACUGUGGGAGAAGUUUCAUACAGAUCUCACACCUUGUUCAACAUCAGGCACUCCACACAGGAGAGAGACCCCACAAGUGCUUGGACUGUGGGAAAAGUUUCGUAGAGAGGUCAAAUCUUGUUAAACAUCAAGCUAUCCACACAAAAGAGAGACCCCACAAGUGCUUGGAGUGUGGGAAAAGUUUCAUAAGAAAGUCAAACCUUGUUGAACAUCAGGCAAUUCAUACAGGAGAGAGACCCCACAAGUGCUUGGACUGUGGGAAAAGUUUCAUAAGAAGGUCACACCUUGUUUAUCAUCAGACAAUCCACACAGGAGAGAGACCCCACAAGUGCUUGGACUGUGGGAAAAGUUACAUGAAAAUGUCACACCUUGUUAAACAUCAGUCAAUCCACACAGAAGAGAUUCCACAGGUGCUUGGACUAGCACUGGCUGUCAUCCCCAGGUGGCUGGGGCUCAUGAAGGAGGAACAGGCCCAUCUGGGAGGUGGGGAUAAAUGCUCAGGCUCUCAAACCCAGGUGGAGCAGCAGCACAGAAAAGGCAACAAGAUGGCUUGA